AAGAUGGCUUCCAUAAUAAAGGAAAUCUAAGUAUUAAUACGUUGUUCUGUAAUAUCUAAAAUUAAAUUUUUGUUGUAAUGUCCAAAGCAAAGGUGUCCGCAGAAUGGAAGAAACGGGUAAAAUCAGAAUACAUGCGUUUGAGACAAAUGAAACGUUACAAACGAGCAGAUGAAGUAAAAAUAGCUUGGAAUCAAAACCGUAAGGUUAUGUCUGAUCUUUUAAUAGCUGAACAAAAACGGUGGACAGAUGGAAAAGCAAUGUGGCUUGCAAUGCAAGAUAUACCACCACAUGUAUCUUGUAUGAAAAAAGCAGAGGUGACCAGUUCUGACAAUGAUGUGCAAACAUGUCCUGUUAAGAUUAUUAAUGCAGUUACUCCUAUACCAACCAUGUAUACAUGGGCUCCAAUACAGCAGAAUUUCAUGGUUGAAGAUGAAACUGUAUUACAUAAUAUACCUUAUAUGGGAGAUGAAAUCUUAGAUCAAGAUGGAACAUUUAUUGAAGAAUUAAUAAAAAAUUACGAUGGAAAAGUACAUGGAGACAGAGAAUCAGGUUUUAUGGAUGAUUCAAUUUUUGUAGAUUUAGUUAAUGCCUUAGUGCAAUAUGAAAAAGAAGAUAAGGAUAGAGAACAAACAAAGAAAGGAAAAGAAAAGGAAGAUGAUAAAGAUAGAAAGGAUAUUGUCAUUAAAGCAGAAAUUAAAACUGAAAAAUUAUUAGAGGAAAUUAAAACUGAAAAAAAUCCAUUUCCAUCUAUGCAUAUAUUUAAUGCAAUAUCUAGUAUGUUUCCUGACAAAGGUAGACCAGAAGAAUUAAGAGAAAAAUAUAUAGAAUUAACAGAGAGAUCAGAUCCAAAUAUUCUACCUCCAGAAUGUACACCAAAUAUCGAUGGAGUGAAUGCAAAAAGUGUACCCAGAGAGCAAACAAUGCAUUCCUUUCAUACUCUAUUCUGUAGAAGAUGCUUCAAAUACGACUGUUUCCUUCAUCCAGCCAGGGGAGCGUCGCCGUCAGGUCUUCAAGUCUGUCAUCCAGGACCGAAUUUGCAAAAACGAAAGGGACCUGACUUAAAACCUUUUUCUGAACCAUGCGGAACAGAAUGUUACAUGCAUUUGGAAGGAAUGAAAGAGAAACUCGCUGCACAAGCAGCAGAUAUAAAAGAUGAGGAAAGCGAUGAGAAACGUAGUGGACCCAGAAAGGUACGGAAACAAGCAAGUGUAGAUUCUGGAAAUGAAGCAAGUAGUGAAGAUAGCAAUGACAGCAAUAAGUAUAGUCAAGGAGAUGGUUGUCAAGAUUUUAAACAGAACGUUAAUAAAGAAACAAAAUCUGAAGAAUUAAUGGAAGAUCAAGCUCAACCGGAAAAUCAAGCGCCGUUUACCCUUCUCGGCCUGGAUAAACGAAUAAAGACAGAAAGUGAAUCUUCAUGGACAGGUUCAGAACAAAGUUUGUUUCGAGCUCUUCAUAAAGCUUUUCCUGGUAAUCCAUGUGCAUUAGCGCAAAUAAUGCUAACUAAAACAUGUCAGGAAGUAUAUCAAUUUGCACAGAAGGAAGCAUCAGAUAUUCCAGCAGUCGAAAAUUUGAAAGAUUUCACGCCACCGCGAAAGAAAAAAAAGAAACAUCGUCUUUGGUCAAUGCAUUGUAGAAAAAUACAGCUAAAAAAAGAUUCUGGUGCCAAUCAUGUUCAUAAUUUCGCACCAUGCGAUCAUCCAGGAAGACAAUGCGAUAACUCAUGCCCAUGCAUACAAGCUCAGAAUUUCUGUGAGAAGUUUUGUCAAUGUAGCAGCGAAUGUCAAAAUCGUUUCCCAGGAUGUAGAUGUAAAGCUCAAUGUAACACAAAACAGUGUCCUUGUUAUCUAGCUGUAAGGGAAUGUGACCCAGAUCUGUGUCAAACAUGCGGCGCAGAUCAGUUUCAUAUUACUAAAAUAUCUUGCAAAAACGUUAGCGUUCAACGCGGUCUUCACAAACAUCUUUUAAUGGCACCAUCUGAUGUAGCUGGCUGGGGAAUAUUUCUUAAGGAAUCUGCGGGAAAGAAUGAAUUUAUAUCAGAAUAUUGUGGUGAAAUUAUAAGUCAAGAUGAAGCUGACAGACGAGGCAAAGUAUAUGAUAAAUAUAUGUGUAGUUUCCUCUUUAAUCUUAAUAAUGACUUUGUUGUGGAUGCUACUCGAAAAGGAAAUAAAAUAAGAUUCGCCAAUCAUUCAAUAAAUCCUAAUUGCUAUGCGAAAGUAAUGAUGGUAAAUGGUGAUCAUAGAAUAGGUAUUUUUGCAAAAAGGGCUAUUCAACCUGGCGAGGAAUUAUUUUUUGAUUACAGAUACGGACCAACGGAACAAUUAAAAUUCGUGGGUAUAGAACGUGAAAUGGAAUUUUUAUAA